AUGGGCUCAGUUGAGGAAUAUUCAUUUUCUGCACCACCCGAAAUUGUCUCAGCUAAUGGCAUCCUCUUUGAUUUUGACGGUACCAUCAUCGACAGCACCGAAGCCGUUGUCAAACAUUGGCACAAGCAAGGCCAAUUGAUGGGAGUCGACCCCAAUGUCAUCCUCGCCACCUCGCACGGAAGACGAAGCAUCGAUACCUUCAUGAUCUAUGAUCCUUCCAAGGCAAACUGGGAGUACAUCAACCAUCAAGAAUCCUUAAUUCCUAUUGAAUUCGGCCAGGAUGCGGUGGAAAUCCCUGGAGCCCGUCAACUCCUCACCAGUCUCGAAGCUGUCAAUGCGCCCUGGGCUGUGGUCACCUCGGCUACAAGAGCACUGCUCGAUGGGUGGAUCAAGGUGUUGAAGCUUGCACACCCACGCUGCACUGUAGUUGCAGAGGACGUGGAAAAUGGCAAGCCCGAUCCCGCUUGCUAUCUUCUCGGUCGCCAACGUCUGGGAUUGUCCGACACUUCUCACAUGAUCGUUAUUGAAGAUGCGCCCUCAGGAGUCCGUGCUGGCAAAGCAGCAGGUUUCAAGGUUAUCGGUCUGUCCACCACACAUACGAUUGGUCAGUUGAAAGAAGCGGGGGCAGACUGGAUUGUACAAGACCUGGGAAGUCUGACUCUCAAGAACUUUGCAGAUGGGGUCGUAGAGAUCGAGAUCACAAAUGCCUUGGUCCAUGCAGUCUGA